CUUCCUUUUCUUCAUCUGAAGCUUUUGCAGUAUUCAUUAAUAACUAAAUAAAUAAAUAUACUGCUUUAGCUUUGGAACAAAAACAUUAAAAAAGAAAAGAAAAUAAUGGCACGUCAAUUUGUCGUAUUAGCCCUUUUGGCUCUGGCCGUGGCCACCGCAUUCGCCGCCGAUGCACCUUCAGCUGCUCCAACCAAAGCCCCCACCAAAGCCCCAACCAAGGCUCCCGCAGCUGCACCCAAAUCCUCCGCCCCCGCACCUAAAGCAUCAUCCCCUGUCGCAAAGGCACCCACCCCCGUAGACGACUCCGCCGAUGCACCCACCCCCAGUGACUCCGCCGAUGCACCCACCGUCUCCUCCCCUCCGGCUCCUACCCCCGAAGCUGAUGGACCCUCAUCCGACGGACCCACCGCCGAUUCACCCAAAGCUGGCGCCGCGACUAAUGUGAAGCUCUCCAUCGCCGGCACCGUCGCCGCCGCCGGAAUCUUCUUCUUCUCUCUCUAAGUUAAUUUAAAAUUGGGGCUGAAAUCAUUAUUUGUUGUUGUGUAACAUUAUCAACUCUUUAACUAAACUAACUAACUAACUACUAUACCAAAAGAUUAUUAUAAUCAAAGAUUGAAUGGAUUUUAUUAUUAUUA